AUGUCGUUUCCAUCGUCCCACAAAACGGUAAUAGUCUUGGAUAGGAGCCCGCAUUUUGGCCAAUCGUCCAAACAGGCCGUAGAAUAUGAUAUAUUGUCGAAAUGUCGAAGCCCGGGACUCAUUCCCGCUGCUCCAAUAUACAAAUCUUUAUGGACUUCUUGUGUCGAAUCAGUCAUCGAAUACAUGAGAAUUGUCUACGAUAUUUUCCCCACCCAGAAAUUGAUCAGGGUAGUGACUGGUAUUCAUUCACUGAACACAUGGAACCCAAAGGAACAAGGCAUACAACAGUUGAUGUUGUCCCUUGCUCGCAUUGGUCCAGCUCGUGCUCAUGGCACUGAAGAAGAGUAUGAUGUCAUGCAUGGCUUGAAUCAUGCAAUUGAAGUCCUUUGCGAACCGAGCGAUAUCCAACAUAAACUUCGUACCCAGUUAUCUGACAACACCCCAAAUGUGAUCAACAGAGGGAGAAUUAUUUGCUUAACUGCUGUAAAAAGUGAGGGUCAUAUCCGCACACUUGAAGGAUGUAUUCUUGAUGCCUUGUUACAGCACAACAAACUUGCAGCUCAGACAGACACCCCUUUAUCCUCUUCUCCCUCCCGUUACCUUUUCUCUUCUCCCUCCCCUUACCUUUUCUCUUCUCUCCCUCUCCUUACCUUUUCUCUUCUCUCCCUCUCCUUACCUUUUCUCUUCUCUCCCUCUCCUUACCUUUUCUCUUCUCUCCCUCUCCUUACCUUUUCUCUUCUCUCCCUCUCCUUACCUUUUCUCUUCUCUCUCCCUCUCCUUACCUUUUCUCUUCUCUCUCUCCUUACCUUUUCUCUUCUCUCUCUCCUUACCUUUUCUCUUCUCUCUCUCUUCCUUUCUCUUCUCUCUCUCUCUCUCUCUCUCUCUUACCUUUUCUCUUCUCUCUCUCUCUCUCCUUACCUUUUCUCUUCUCUCUCUCUCUCUCCUUUACCUUUUCUCUCUCUCUCUCUCUCCUUACCUUUUCUCUUCUCUCUCUCUCCUUACCUUUUCUCUUCUCUCUCUCUCUCUCCUUACCUUUUCUCUUUCUCUCUCUCUCCUUACCUUUUCUCUUCUCUCUCUCUCUCCUUACCUUUUCUCUUCUCUCUCUCUCUCUCCUUACCUUUUUCUCUCUCUCUCUCUCUCCUUACCUUUUCUCUUCUCUCUCUCUCUCUCCUUACCUUUUCUCUUCUCUCUCUCUCUCCUUACCUUUUCUCUUCUCUCUCUCUCUCUCCUUACCUUUUCUCUUCUCUCUCUCUCUCUCCUUACCUUUUCUCUUCUCUCUCUCUCUCUCCUUACCUUUUCUCUUCUCUCUCUUUACCUCAUAUCCUCCUCUUCUUUCUCUCUCGCUUUUCUCCUUUUCUUUUUCUUUUCAUCUCCCUACUCUUUCUCGUAUCUUUUUCCUAUUAUCUCUCUGUACUAUCAUACAAAAUAUCUGCUUUCUUGCUCAAUUCUUAUUUAAUUGUUUUUUUGUAUUAA